GUGUCCUCGGGCGUGUCCAGGUCGCGUCCUGGUCGCGUAGCAGCCGUCACUGCGAUGGCGGCGGCGGAGGCGGUGGGGGAGGCCGCGGCGCCGGAUCCAGCCCGGAAUGAGGCCGCGGCGGGCGCCGAGGAGACCGUGAAGAUCAUCUGCCUGGGAGACAGCGCCGUGGGCAAGUCCAAGCUGCUGGAGCGAUUCCUGCUCGACGCGUUCCGCCCGCAGCCACUCUCCACCUUCGCCGUGACGCUCUACCGGCACCGCGCCUCAGUGGAUGGGUGCCCAGUCGAAGUGGACUUCUGGGACACAGCUGGACAGGAGAGGUUCCAGAGCAUGCACGCAUCCUACUACCACAAGGCUCACGCGUGCAUCAUGGUGUUUGACGUGCAGCGAAAAGUCACCUACAGGAACCUAAACAACUGGUACCAGGAGCUGAGAGAAUUCCGCCCGGCGAUUCCUUGCCUUGUGGCGGCCAACAAAAUUGAUGCGGAUAUGGAGAUGACCCAGAAAAGCUUCAGUUUUGCCCGCAAGCUCGAUUUGCCCUUUUACUUUGUCUCUGCUGCAGAUGGCACCAAUGUCGUAAAGGUCUUCAAUGAUGCCAUCAAACUGGCGGUUGAAUACAAACAGAAUUCAGGGGAUUUCAUAGAUGAAGUCAUGCGAGAACUGGAGAGCUUUGACCUGCAAGAGAAGAGGGAGGAUCUGUCGGAGAAAGAGAAGAGCUGCCCUGAACAGAAGCCCCCAUCCGCCUGAGCCCUGGACCUGGAGUCUGUCCUUUCCCUUUGCUCCAGGUGUCUGGAGCAGUUGGAGCUGGCCUUCCUGGAGGAAAAGGAUUGUUCUCAUGCCCUUAGAGCUCUCUGGAUGGUGGCUGGGCCUCUCCCUUUCUCAUGGAAGGCUCCCUGGCCAUGACCUUCCUUGGCUCAGCCCAAGCCACUCCCCAUCACGGCCAAGGAGAGGGCAAGAGUGUCCACAUCGUUCCUGGUUACUCCAUGCUUCUUCGAGGCACAGCUUGCCGGGAGAGAUCAGCCACGCUUGGACCUGCAGGGCAGGGUCCUGCCCAGGUGCUUUAAUGGGACCUUCUGGAGAAACAAACACUAAAGAGUUUUUUUU